UUAUCGCAUUUUGGAAUUUCCGGUAAGCACGGCAACUACUUGAUAAAUAAAGUCUUAUUAAGUGUCUUAUAUUCACAUUACGAUUUAUUGUAGGCAUUCAUGGCAUGCCCUACGCUCCGUAUAACGGAGUCGGGCCGGUUCCCGGGGGCUCGGGUGCUGGGUUUUGCCCGCACGGUGAAUCACAGUUCGUAGCAUGGCAUCGUCCAUAUGUAGCUCUAUACGAGCAAAUACUCGGGGCGCAGGUUCAGCGCAUUGCCGCGUCGUAUAACAGCUCUCAGAAUAGCUCUGCAUACCGAGAAGCUGGAGAAAUUUUUCGCCUGCCGUACUGGGACUGGGCUGCGAAUCCCCAGCUACCACCAUCAUGUACACAAGAAAAUAUCACAAUCAACGGCCCACGCGGACCCCUCACUCUUCGUAGCCCCCUAUAUAACUAUCGGUUCUCUGGAUCACGAAAGGGCUGGCCCACGGAGACGACACGUGCGUCGGACGGGAAAUCGAAUUCCAAUCCUGAUGUAGUCAACGCGAACCUAGCGGCUGUGGCAGACCAGCUGAAAUACCAAGUUUACCGCACAUUCACGUACGCUGAGACCUACGACCAGAUGUCAUCCACGGCAAAUUUAGCUGGGGUUAGUCUUGAGGCGUCGCAUAAUAUCGUACAUAAUGCUGUCGGGGGCACGUUUGCGAGUUUGGACUUGACUGCUUUUGAUGCGCUUUUUAUGCUCCACCACGCGAACCUCGACCGUCUGGCUGCUCUGUGGGCUGCCCUUCACCCCGGCGCAGCGUGUCAAUCCGAAUGGUACGCGAGCCCAGGCCUAUAUAGCACCGCCCGCGGCGAAAACAUCACAGCAUCUAGCCCGACAAAGCCGUUCUACCAAGCCGACAAGCGAUCCUUCCAUACUGGUAUAACCGCCGCCUCGCUCAAGCCGUUUGGAUACACCUACCCCGAGCUUAAUGAUAUAGGUAGAAUCAUUCCAAGGAUCAAUGAACUUUACGGUGACACGGGAUUACUUAGUGGUUGCGGAAAAGGGGGAGGAGAGAAACGAGAUUGGUUCGUCCAAAUCACGGUUAAUCGUUCCGAUCUGGAUUUGCCGUGUAAUAUCGAUGUCGUUUCGGGGGACAUGUUCGCUGGGCGUAUGGCGCUGCUCAAUAUGCCGAAGGAAGGGCUAGCCCAUGCUACUAUUCCUCUACAAAAAGUGGUCGCUACUCUCGGUUCGAAUACCACAGGGAUCGAAGCUACUCUAAGAGAAUGGAUCAGGGUUGAAGUUCGGGAGGUUAAUGGAUCAACAAUUGACAUCUCCAAUAUCACGAACCUGAACGUCUAUCUCGUGGCUAUAGAUGUCACACCUCGCCGUAACGAGUCCGAAUUUCCGAAAUACAGAAGUAGAAGUAUGUAUACGAAGACUGUGCUUGAUCGAGGGCGCAGUGAUAAUGGUUGAAGUAUUCAGGAUGUUUAUAAAAAUCGUCAGCAUAGUGUAUGGUUUUUUAUACAGAAAUUAGAUUUCUAUUGUAUUCAAAGUUAUUCAAUCGAAGUCAUUCAAUAUUCAAU